UCUUUGAUUACAUUCCAACAGGUAGUUAUGAACGAAAAUGCACCGCGUUGUGAAUUCUAUUGUAUUAUUUAACAAAAAUUUACAUAAUUAGUAAGCAUGUGUUACAUAAUCGUAAUAAGGGCAUACAGGCCUGGAGAUGAAUUGAGCUGUAGUGAAUUAAUUACUGAAAGUAUAAUGUCCUCUAGACAUACAGUGUUUAUUUCUAAUCUGUUUAAAGAGUUAACCUUUGAAUUGAUGGUUUUGUGUGCUGCAAUUAUGUUUAUUUUCUUUGGCAUGCCAUUCACAAUUUGCUUUCUCGUAAUUCCGUUUAUUAUUAUAGUUACCUACAUUAUGACCUAUUUAGGCUUUACUAUAAUAGCCAACGAAGUUAAUCAAGAAAUUCACAACAUAUCUAGAUUUUAUAUGGCAAAUGCAUUUUCAUGUUUCUGGGUGGCUGAAGCUUUUGAGCCUUAUUGGAUGACUCAAAGUCCUAAGGAUGUCCGCUAUAUGAUAAUGAAUGAGCAACAAUUCCGUGAGUCACACGUUGAUGUAUCUUCCAAAGCUAAAAAAAUAGUAGGAUCUAUUGGAUUAGUAAAAAGUCAUAGGGUUGAAAAAGGAGCUUGGAUUAAAAGACUUUGCGUUCGAAACAGUUAUCGACGUAAAGGCAUAGGAUCAACUCUUUUAAAUACUGCAGUGCAAUUUGCUAUUGACCAAGGAUACAGUUGUGCAGAUCUUGUAUUUUCAGAAUACACAGAUGGUUGUCGUGAGUUAUGUUUUAAGAAAGGUUUUGAGCUUAAACAAAUGUAUCACAAACCAAUUAUAGGACCAGUAGUUAAUGUUCUCCAAUAUGAAUUAACAUACCAGAUAAAACCAGAGCAUAAUUACUUUAUAAAUAGUUUUAAACAUAAAUAUUUUUAAUUCAAUAAUCACUGCAUUUUUUGCAUUUGACUGUUAUAUUAGAAAUUAACUUCUGAGAAUAUUUUUGUAUCUAAGUUUAGACUAUCCUUAACGAAUUGAAGAAUCUCAAUUUUUGGAUAAAUAUAUUUAUUCAUAAAAUAAAUUUCACAUUAUUUACAAAUUGCUUAAUAUUCUAUGAUUGUCCAGUGC